AUGAGCUACACCAUGGAGCCCCUCGGCAACCCCUCGUACCGCCGGGUGACCGAGACCCGGGCCACCUACAGCCGCGCCAGCGCGUCCCCUUCCAGCGGCUUUCGCUCCCAGUCGUGGUCCCGGGGCUCGGGCAGCACCGUGUCCUCCUCCUACAAGCGCUCCAACCUGGUGGGGCCGAGGGGUCCCUACGGUUCCACGGUGCUGAGCUCGGCCGAGAGCCUGGACGUCAGUCAGUCCUCGCUGCUGAACGGGGCGGCGGAGCUGAAGCUGAGCCGCUCCAACGAGAAGGAGCAGCUCCAGGGGCUGAACGACCGCUUCGCCGGCUACAUCGAGAAGGUUCAUUACCUGGAGCAGCAGAACAAGGAGAUCGAGGCGGAGCUGGCGGCUCUGCGGCAGAAACACGCCGGGCGGGCGCAGCUGAGCGAUGCCUACGAGCAGGAGCUGCGGGAACUGCGCGGGGCCCUGGAGCAGGUGAGCCACGAGAAGGCGCAGAUCCAGCUGGAUUCGGAGCACAUCGAGGAGGACAUCCAGCGCCUGCGGGAGCGCUUCGAGGAUGAGGCGCGGCUGCGCGACGAGACGGAGGCCACCAUCCGCGCCCUGCGCAAGGAGAUGGAGGAGGCCUCGCUGAUGCGGGCGGAGCUGGACAAGAAGGUGCAGUCGCUGCAGGACGAGGUGGCUUUCCUGCGGGGCAACCACGAGGAGGAGGUGGCCGAGCUGCUGGCGCAGCUCCAGGCGUCCCACGCCACGGUGGAGAGGAAGGACUACCUGAAGACCGACCUCACCACGGCGCUGAAGGAGAUCCGAGCCCAGCUGGAGUGCCAGUCCGACCACAACAUGCACCAGGCCGAGGAGUGGUUCAAAUGCCGCUACGCCAAGCUGACAGAGGCGGCGGAGCAGAACAAGGAGGCGAUCCGAUCCGCCAAGGAGGAGAUCGCUGAGUACCGCCGGCAGCUGCAGUCCAAGAGCAUCGAGCUGGAGUCGGUGCGCGGCACCAAGGAAUCGCUGGAGCGGCAGCUCAGCGACAUCGAGGAGCGUCACAACAACGACCUCAGCACUUAUCAGGACACUAUUCAUCAGCUGGAGAACGAGCUUAGAGGAACAAAGUGGGAAAUGGCACGUCACUUGAGGGAAUACCAGGACCUCCUCAAUGUCAAGAUGGCCCUGGAUAUUGAAAUUGCUGCAUACAGGAAGCUACUGGAGGGUGAAGAGACAAGAUUCAGUGCCUUCUCUGGAAGCAUUACUGGACCCAUAUUCACACACAGGCAACCAUCUGUCACAAUAGCAUCCACUAAAAUUCAGAAAACAAAAAUUGAACCACCAAAGCUGAAGGUCCAGCACAAGUUUGUAGAAGAAAUCAUCGAAGAGACAAAGGUAGAGGAUGAGAAAUCUGAAAUGGAAGAUGCCUUAGCAGCUAUCGCAGAAGAAAUGGCAGCCAAAGCCCAGCAAGAGGAGGAGGAGGAGGAAGAAAAAGCAGAAGAAGCAGCUGUAGAGGAAGAAAUUGUUUCGGAGAAGGCUGCUGCAGAGCAAGCAGCUGCACCUGAGGAAGAAGAGAAGGAGGAGGAAGCAGAGGAGGAAGAAGAAGCUGCAAAGUCCGAUGCGGCGGAAGAAGGAGGCUCUGAAAAAGAAGAAAUAGAGGAAAAGGAAGGAGAGGAGGCUGAGGAAGAAGGGGAAGAAGCUGAGGCCAAGGGCAAAGCUGAAGAGGUAGCAGCAAAGGCAGAGAAGGUCAAAACACCUCCCUCAAAGUCACCCCCUAAGUCUCCCCCUAAAUCCCCGUCUCCCCCUAAGUCUCCAUCUCCCCCUAAAUCCCCUGCAACGGAGCCAGCUAAGGCUGCCCAGAAAGAAGCAGCAAAGGAACAGAAGGUGGAGAAAGGUGCUGAGAAACCAGCCAAGGAGGAAGAGAAAGCCCCAUCACCUGAGAAGCCAGCAACACCAAAGGUAACCUCUCCAGACAAGGCAGCAACCCCGGAGAAAGCGGCGAGCCCGGAGAAGCUGGCGACGCCGGAGAAGCCCCGCUCUCCAGAAAAAUCCCCCAUCCUGGAAAAAGCCCGUUCCCCAGAAAAGCCAGUGACUCCUGAGAAGCCCCGUUCUCCCGAGAAGCCACCCUCCCCUGCCAAAGAUGAAAAGGCUGCAGUGGAGGAGACCAUCACUGUCACAAAGGUAACAAAACUCAGCGCAGAGGUAGAGAAGGAGUCGAGGAAAGAAGACAUUGCGGUGAAUGGUGAGGUGGAGGGGAAAAAGGAAGCGGAAUCCAAAGAGAAGGAGGUGGAGGAGGAAGACAAGGGAGUUGUCACCAACGGCCUAGAUGUGAGCCCGACUGAUGAUAAGGGUGAGAAAAUUGUAGUAACCAAAAAAGCAGAGAAAAUCAGUGGUGAAGGUGGGGACAGUACAACCACAUUUAUCACCAAGUCGGUGACGGUCACCCAGAAGGUAGAGGAACACGAAGAGAGCUUUGAGGAGAAACUAGUGUCCACCAAGAAAGUAGAGAAGGUUACUUCACAUGCUGUAGUAAAAGAGAUUAAGGAGAGCGAAUAAAAUAAAUCAUAGCUAAAUUAACAAAUUUCAAGAGCUUGGGUUGGUGCAAAAGGUUAAGCCAUAUGACAGCUGCAAAAUGCAUGUGAGUGACGGCUUCAAGGCAGAACGGGUUCUCUCAUGGAGGCUCCAGACACACAGUAUUUUACUUUUUUGUGCAAUAUAGGGGAUGGGGGGGGAAUGCAUGCAGGCUCAAGAUGUACUCCCUCCACAGAGCUUGGGAAUCUACAAAAAAUAAAAAAAAAAAACAUAGAAAAUAAAACUACUACUACUAAUAGUGCAUGAGAUGAAACGUUGCAAAGGAAGCUUUUGAAUUUCCUGAGCUGUUGGAGGGAUUUAUCUGAGGAACGACUUAAGAUGUAUUAUGCAAAGAACCAACUGAGCCAAAACCAAACAGAAAACAGUAAUAGAAUAUUCAUGAGAACCAGAACUCUCCUAGCCUUAAAAAAAAUAAAAUAAAAUAAUAAAAAAAAAGCUACUUAUAAAUAAUUAUGUUUACCUCACUGGUGCAAUUAGGGUGGACUUUUGCUCAUGGGAGAACCUAGUUGACAUGCACAGUAUGCAACCUUUUGUUGUUUGAUGUAAAAGUCACAGCAGUUCUUGCUCAAUAAAGGUCAAUACUGAAUACA